AUGGUUGGUGAUUUUAUGGAGACCGGCUCGGCGGAGAGCCACACUCUCGACCACCGCCUGCUCGACGCGAUUCACGGCAGCGAGGGUGGCUAUAACGUGGACGGCGCGGAUUCGUUCAAUGCGCGCAUGCCGGAGCAGGUCGCGCAAGCUCCGCGGAUGGGGGAGAGCGGCGGGCGUCGCGGAAUGGGGACGUCUCGAGCCUCAUUGAGUGCGUCAGCGCGGACGAGUGCCAGCUCUCCUUCCGUCGCGUACGAUUUGGCAAUGUAG